ACUCCGGCGGGGGAUGCGCGCCCGGCUGCGGCGCCCCCGCUCGCACGGGAGUCGAGCUCGCCAUGGGCCGUCCCCACCUGCUCGUGCCCCUGUGCGCCUCUGUGUCCUCGCUGGGCGGCCUGACCUUCGGCUAUGAACUGGCGGUCGUAUCAGGCACCCUGCUGCCACUGCAGCUCGACCUCGGGCUGUCGUGCUCGGAGCAGGAGCUGGUGGUGGGCAGCCUGCUCCUGGGGGCUCUCCUCGCCUCCCUGCUGGGCGGCAUCCUCAUCGAUCGCUAUGGCAGGAAGGAAGCCAUCCUUGGGAGCAACGUGGUGCUCUUGGCCGGCAGCCUGUGCCUGGGCCUGGCUGGCUCGCUGGCCUGGCUGGUCCUGGGGCGCGUGGCAGCUGGAUUCGCCAUCUCCCUGUCCUCCAUGGCCUGCUGCAUUUAUGUGUCCGAGCUGGCGGGGCCGCGGCAGCGGGGAGUGCUGGUGUCCCUGUACGAGGCAGGCAUCACCGUGGGCAUCCUGCUCUCCUAUGCGCUCAACUACGCCCUGGCUGGCGCCCCCCGGGGGUGGAGGCACAUGUUCGGCUGGGCGGCUGCCCCUGCCCUCCUGCAGUCCGUCGGCCUCCUCUGGCUCCCGGCGGCUGCUAACGACACCACAGCGCUCAAGGACCUCAUUCCCCUCCAGGGAGGAGAGGCCGCCAAGCCAGGCCUGGGGAGGCCCGGAUACUCCCUUCUGGACCUCUUCAGGGCGCGGGGCAACAUGCGGGCCCGGACGGCGGUGGGGCUGGGGCUGGUGCUUUUCCAGCAGCUAACGGGGCAGCCCAAUGUGCUGAGCUACGCCUCCACCAUCUUCCGGGCGGUGGGCUUCUGUGGAGGCUCCUCGGCUGUGCUGGCCUCUGUGGGACUCGGCGCUGUGAAGGUGCUGGCCACCCUGACUGCCAUGGGGCUGGUGGAGCGGGCGGGCCGCCGGGCCCUGCUGCUGGCAGGCUGCGGCCUCAUGGCCCUGUCGGUCAGCGGCAUAGGCUUGGUCAGCUUUGCAACGCCCCCAGCCCCCGGCCCACGCUGCCUGACAGGGCCCAACGCCACCCGCCUCGCUGGGGACUCAGGGCUGCCAAGGCCAGGGACUCCGCCUCCGCUGCCCACGGCCAGUGAGAGCCCGGGGAGGCCAGUCUCGUGGACCGUUGAGACGAUCCAGCCUCACGCCCGAGCUGGGGACCCCCCGGCCCCUGCCCUGCCCGCCCUGAGCCCCGCCUCCCCGACACCCCCUUCUGCCCCAGGGCGAGGCCUGCUGCGCUGGGCCGCGCUCGCCUGUAUGAUGGUCUUUGUGACUGGCUUCUCCUUCGGAUUUGGACCAGUGACCUGGCUCGUCCUCAGUGAGAUCUACCCAGUGGAGAUUCGAGGCAGAGCCUUCGCCUUCUGCAACAGCUUCAACUGGGCCAGCAACCUCCUCGUCAGCCUCUCCUUCCUCGACCUCAUCGGCACCAUCGGCUUGUCCUGGACCUUCUUGCUCUACGGGCUGGCCGCCGUCCUCGGCCUAGCCUUCAUCUAUUUAUUUGUCCCCGAAACGAAAGGCCAGUCACUGGCAGAGAUAGACCAGCAGUUCCAGAGGAGACGGUUCACCCUGAGCUUUGGCCACCAGCAGAGCUCUGCUGGUAUCCCGUAUACCCGCAUCGAGGUCUCUGCAGCCUCCUGAGGACUCCAUCUGCCUGGAAGGUGCUGGAACCACGACUUUAGCAGACAGUCUCCAGCUUCCUGCUUGCCUGGCCCCUGGAUUCACAAGUUCUAGGUAGUUCUGUAAGAGUCACUCCUGCUUUAGAAGAGCUCUGUCUGGCCCGGGUGAAAGAGGAGAGAGUUUGAGAACCUAGAAGUCUUUGUUUCGGAUCUCAGGUUCUGAGGGUCCCUGAAGAUUUGCCUUCUUGCCUCAGUUUCCCCGAUGUCUCUGCACAUCCCUGCAGGACCUAUAUUGACAACAUCCCAUGGAGCCUCCGUUGCUCGGGGGGCUUUCUCAAAGAGCCUCUAGGGAGCCAGUCCUGGAAGGAAGUCUCUUCUGGCAUCACCCCCAAAUCCAGAUGAGGAUAUACGAUAUGCUCAGCUCGCUUUUUCCGUCUGGCUGGGCCUUUCUGGCGAGAGGGAAGCCUGCCUCUAUCAUUCACCCACAACUCAGACUGCUUGAUAGGAGGCCUGGGUUCUAGUCCUGCUUCUCUGUGUCAUUGCUACAUGGCCAUGGGGCUCAGUUUCCCCGAUAUGUACCAUGGGAGACCUGGAGCAAGGAGUUCUUCAAGGUCACACCUGAUGCCCAUGAGCUGGAGUUCUAAAUGCUGCGAAUACAACACAGCCCUGCUCUCAAGUUGCUGGCCGUCUCUUUAGGGGAUGUAAGUUUUAAUUAUAAUUCUGGAAUCGUAUGCACUAAAAUCCAAGAGCUGCCGCGGUGCGUGAAGCAAGCCCUGCGAGCAGUUUCUAGGAUGGUGCCGGACACUCUACAGAAAGGAGAUGGGUUUGGGGGCUGACGAGCCUGAACGCUGGUGUUGCCUCUGUCUCUUGGCAGCUGUUGACCUUGGGUAACAACUCCCUUUAGCCUCAGUUUUCACAUCUACUAAAUGGGGAUGAUUGGGCCCCUGGGGGUGUAUUUAACCUCUGUCUGACUGCAGGAGGGUCUUCAGCUGGUCCCAUCCAGCUAGUCAGGGCCUGGGGGGGGUGGGUUUCUGCUCACCCUCAUUUUACCCACUUUGAGGCACCGUUUGGGGUCAGUCCCCGAGGGGGUGAGUCAGAUAUGAAGCUAGAAGCUCAGUCCAGAGGUCACCAGAGGAAGGGCCUGGCAAGAGUGGGUUCUGGGGCAUCUGGGUGGCUUUGUUGGUUAACUGUGGGGCUUGGGGCUUUAGCUCAGGUCAUGAUCUCACGGU